AUGAGCGACCAGAUGUCGGUAUCGUCCGCAACCACCGGCGUGGCCAGUAAUCAGCCCGGUCAUGCUCAAUACCAGAACUACAAUUACCACCUGAAUCCAGGUGUCGGUCUCAGUGCCAGUGCCAAUGACGGUGCUUAUCCUGUCCAACAACAGCCUCAAAGGAUGGAACCUCUCCAGAAUCACUACAACCAGCCCACAUACUUCUACCCGUCCAGCCACAUCCACAACCAAGCGAUUCCGCUACAUGCGCACCCUCUAUCCCAACAUCCACCCACACCGUACAUUUCUUCCCCGGCACCACCACCCUUCCAACCACAGUCACCCCCGUCUUUAACGUCGACGCUCCUCGCGUCCUCGCCGCACCAACUCUCCCUGGCGACACAGCACCCCUUCCUCCGCAUCGCGGGCCAAGGCCAGCUCCCCAAAUUGACGCUCUCGCGCUGGCUGUCGCAAGACCGCCUCUACGCGCAAUCCUACAUCGGCUUCAUCGGCAGUCUGAUCGCCCGCGUCGACCUGCCCUACACGCACGUUCCCGACAAAUCGACCUCCCUGCGCUGGCGGCUCGUGCAGUGCCUCACGGCCGCGCUGCAGAACAUCCACACGGAGCUGGCCUUUUUCGCCACCACGGCCCACACGUACCGCUUGGACUUGGAGGCUCCCUCCCCUUCGUCCUCGUCCUCGGGUCGCGUGUUUGCCCCCGAACCCGCCACGAAGCAGUACAUGGAUCUGUUCCGCGCGUUCUGGACCGACCCCAGCAUGACUCUCCUCGAGGGCAUGGUCGUCCUGUGGGCCACCGAGACGGUGUACCUGCGAGCGUGGACGUACGCGGCGUCCUUUUUGAAGAACGGGACCUCGUCGAGUCUGCUGCCGCUGAGCAAGCAGCUGCAGAGAAUCGAGUUGGACGACGAGAAGGACAACGAUAGAAAGUCCAAGGCCCUUUCCGACGGCGUCAUGUCCGAGUUGGAAGGCAGUGAGGUCAACACGGCGUUGAGCGGGACGACUACCGGCAUCGCGCAUGACGAGUCGCAGCAGAAUCAGAAGCAGCACUAUCAGGACGACGACAACGACGGCCAGCAGCGCCACGGUCACGGUCACGGUCACGGUCACGCUCAUACGACGGAUCUCGACGGCGGGGCGCUGCGCCAUGCCUUCAUCCCCAACUGGACGAGCAGCCAGUUCGAGGGAUUUGUCGCCGAGAUUGCCGAGUUGACGGAUCUCUUGGCCGAACGGGAGGACGCGGUCAAUAGGAAGUUGGACUUCUACAAGGCUGUGUGGAGACACGUGCUCGAUGUGGAGAGGCGGUUUUGGCCCGAUGUCUGA